AAAAAAGGAUUUUAAAAAUAAGAAAUUAAAUUCCUCUCUCCCUCCAAGCCGUUUAUAUUUCGUUCUCACACUUACAGAAAACCCUAGCUCUCCCCCACAGACGCCGGCGCCGAUUCCAUUUUAGCUCCCUGAAGAUAUGGCAAGAGGACUGAAGAAACAUUUGAAGAGACUCAAUGCUCCAAAGCAUUGGAUGCUUGACAAACUUGGUGGUGCAUUUGCCCCCAAACCUUCAUCUGGACCUCAUAAGUCCAGGGAAUGCCUUCCUUUGAUUCUUAUAUUGAGGAACAGACUGAAAUAUGCUCUCACAUACCGUGAGGUAAUUGCAAUUUUAAUGCAAAGACAUGUUUUGGUCGAUGGGAAGGUCAGAACAGACAAGACUUUCCCUGCUGGUUUCAUGGACGUUGUGUCAAUUCCCAAGACAAACGAGAAUUUCCGGCUUCUUUAUGACACAAAAGGCCGAUUCCGUUUACACUCAGUCAGGGAUGAAGAGGCUAAGUAUAAGCUGUGCAAAGUACGGUCAGUGCAGUUUGGGCAAAAGGGCAUCCCUUAUCUGAACACUUAUGAUGGACGCACAAUCCGUUAUCCUGACCCUCUGAUAAAGGCGAAUGACACCAUCAAGCUGGAUCUUGAGUCCAACAAGAUCGCUGAUUUCAUCAAGUUUGAUGUAGGAAAUGUUGUGAUGGUGACUGGUGGAAGAAACAGGGGCAGGGUUGGAGUGAUAAAGAAUAGGGAGAAGCAUAAGGGAAGCUUUGAGACAAUCCACAUUCAGGAUGCAACCGGGCACGAAUUUGCAACUCGGCUGGGCAAUGUGUUCACAAUUGGCAAGGGAACUAAGCCAUGGGUGUCCUUACCCAAGGGCAAGGGUAUUAAAUUAUCCAUCAUCGAAGAAGCCAGGAAGAGGUUGGCAAGCCAAGCCGCAGUCACCGCAUAAGACGUGUAAGUGUAGUCAUGAUGAAAGGUGGGAUUUUGCUCUUGAUUGUUUUGUUUUUUGGUUAAGUAGAUCUCUCCCCAAAAAAGGCAGAUGCUUUGUUAUUUCUUUUACUAGAAUUAUUUGAGGUUAUUGCUAUGACUUUGCCAUUCCAAGACUCUUUGCUUCAUGAGGUUACUUGUUUUUCUGGUAAAUGGAAAUAUCCUUCAACUUGGAUUUGUUGGCCAAA